AUGGUUGGGAAGUCCCUGAUUGCCGGCCUGGUGGUCCUCGUGGUGGCUGCAGUGAGCCUGUUCCUCGGGGUCUUCAUGGGUCUGGGGAAGAAAAACACGCCCGCGCCCUUGGAUCACUUCUACUCGAGGGCCGCCGUGGCUGCCGACGCCGGGAAGUGCUCAGAAGUGGGGAGGGACAUCCUGAAGAAGAACGGCUCCGCCGUGGACGCGUCCAUCGCCGCGCUGCUGUGCGUGGGCCUCCUGAACGCCCACAGCAUGGGCAUCGGCGGCGGCCUCUUCUUCGUCAUCUACAACGCCACCACAGGCAAAGUGGAAACCAUCGACGCCAGGGAGACGGCGCCCAUGAACGCCACCGAGGACAUGUUUGGCAACAACACCAGGCUUUCUCGAACAGGCGGGCUGUCCAUAGCCAUCCCAGGGGAGAUCCGCGGGUACGAGAUGGCCCACAGGAGGCACGGCAGGCUGCCGUGGAGGGAGCUGUUCGAGCCCAGCAUCGCCCUGGCUCGCCACGGCUUCCCCAUAGGAAAGGCCCUGGCCCACGCCAUCUUCAAGAGCAGAGACUCCAUUCAGGGCGACGCCAACAUGUGUGAGGUGUUUUGCGAUGCUCAGAAUAACAUCUUGAAGGAAAAUGACAUUGUUCGAUUCCCAAAGCUGGCGGACACAUACCAGAGGAUAGCAGAGGAGGGGCCCGAUGUGUUUUACAACGGCUCCAUGGCGCACAACAUCGUGGAGGACAUCCAAGCAGCAGGCGGCAUCAUCACCCUGGAGGACCUGCUGGAGUAUCAGCCUGUGCUCAACGAGAGCCCCCUGCGGCUGAAUGUGGGGGAAUACACCAUGCACGUGCCAGACGCCCCCUCCAGCGGCCCGGUGCUGGCUCUCAUACUGAACAUAGUGGACGGGUACAACUUCACAGACACGAGCGUCUCCACAGCCGAGAAGAAGACGCUGACGUACCAUCGCAUCGUAGAGGCCUUCCGCUUCGCUUACGCCAAAAGGAGUCGACUCGGGGACCCGCGGUAUCUCAACAUAACUGACCUCAUCCACAACAUGACCUCAGACUACUUCGCUGACGGCAUCAGGAGUAAAAUCACAGACGACACCACGCACCCAGACAGCUACUAUGAGCCCGACUACUUUGUCCCAGACAACCACGGGACCGCCCACCUGUCCGUCAUCGCGGAGGACGGGAGCGCCGUGGCGGCAACCAGCACCAUUAACCUAUACUUUGGCUCCAAAGUCAUGUCUCGAUCCACUGGAAUAAUCUUUAAUGAUGAAAUGGAUGACUUCAGCUCUCCUCACAUGACCAACGGGUUUGGAAUCCCUCCCUCUCCCAACAACUUCAUCCAACCAGGCAAGCGGCCGCUCUCUUCCAUGUGUCCCACCAUCAUCUUCGACAGAGAAAACAGGGUCAAAAUGGUUGUGGGAGCAUCCGGGGGCACGAAAAUCACCACGGCCACCGCACUAGUCAUCCUGAACUCCCUGUUCUUCAACUACGACCUGAAGAAAGCCGUGACGGCACCGCGGGUCCACAACCAGCUCAACCCAAACAUGACGGUGGUGGAACAGGGCUUUGAGAAGAGCGUUCUGGAGGGCCUGGCCCAGAAGAACCACGUGACGCAGCUACUGAGGACUCCAGACUCCGUGGUCCAGGCGGUGGUGCGGCAGGGAGAGCGCCUGUGCGCGGAGUCCGACCCCAGGAAGGGAGGCUACCCGGCGGGAUACUGAGCACGCACGCGGGCCCUGCUCAGCUGCUCCAGGCCCGGCUGUCUCUGACAGGACGCAGCCGCAGGCGCAGGCGCAGACGCAGCCGCAGCCGCAGCACAGACCUAUGUCGCACGCGAGACUCGAGCAGCUUCAGCGACAGAGACACGGCCUCCACUCCUCCUCAGAGACGGAUCUCUUCUACUCGAACAUGGAAGACGGCUCCAGUGACUUCAAUACCUCUCUUAUUGAAAGUGGAUUCAACUUUUGUGGCAUUAUCUCUGUGUUUUGAAGUAAAGUAAGAGGUGGCACCUAGUUUGACUCCUGUUUAUGUGCAGUAUGACACAGUAAGCAACAUAUUUAAAAACUACCAAACAUCAGAGAUUAGACUAUGUCAAGCUAAGAGAUGUUCUCACCACUAUGUUCUAGGUAAAAAUCUGAGUGACUGUAGGUUUUCCAUGUAGUAAUUUCAUUUCAAUUAUUGUGUAAGGAAUCUAAUGUAAAUAAAUGGUUGAUUUGUUUUUAUGUCAAACUGGUGACAGGUACAACCAAUUAAAAACGUAGAUCUGAAAGUAGGUUCACCAAAAGGAAAGUGCAGGUUGUGUCUACCCACACCUCUUUGUCCACCUUCAUCCUAACUUAGUGACAGCUGACCGUCUUGUUUUCUACUCUGCUUCAAUAGGGACAUGAUUAAUUUUUGAAUUGUAAAUGUUUAAUAUCAGGUAGCGGUUAAACGAAUGUAUAGUGUAUCCUGAAAAUACAUUUGCAUAUAUAUUUUUCUAAACAUGCAUUGUUCUCAUGCUUGUUAUUAAACAUUUUGAACAAA